UCGUACCGGGCAGAGGUCGCCAGGGCCUGUUGUGGCACGGCGGCUGCCUCCUCCCUCGCUGGCUGCUUGCAGGACGGGGAGUUUUCCCUGUUUGGGCUCUCCGGAGGAGAACGGAGCGGGCAAAGCCUUCCUGCCCUCGGCACCUAUCUCUACUACCCAGGGCCCGCACGGCGCCCCCAGGCAGGCUCCCUCCCGGGGCAAGACAGGCGGACGGCCGCCUCCCCAGCGCCCCCUGGCCGCCCGCGUCGCCCCCUUCAGCGCCCGUUCCAGGGACAGCUCCUUGCGGCCGCCCUUCAGCACCAGCGGCGCGGACAGCUCCCCACCGCCAGCCGCCGGGUCUACCGCCCGCGCCCCUCCUCCGCCCGGGGCGCCCUCGCUCUGCAACCGGGCGCCCGACACGGGCAACGGGCGCCCGCUUUGUUUUGCCGCCGGGUUGGGGGGGGGGAAGGGAGGGGCUGGGACAUUGCCGCCGCCGCCUCCCCCGGCCCGCUAGGCUGGAGGAGUCUCGCCGCGCAUCCGCAGUGGGGAGGGGGCGCUGUGGAGCCUCGCUUGGCCUCGCCCCUCCUCCUCCUCCUCCUCCUCCUCCCGCCGCGCCGGAGCACGACGGGCUGGAGGGCAUUGGCUGCGCCGCCCGCUCCCCCCCCGCCGCAGCCAGGGGAGCGCAGACCCCCCCCGCGCUGUUUACCGGGGCCCGGCCGGAGGAAGCGCGAGCGCGCCAUGGCUGCUGCUGCUGCUGCUACGGUUGCUGCUGCGAGCCUCUCCGGGCAGCCCCCGCAGUGAAGAGCCGCCGCCGCCCCGACCGGCCCGGCCUCGCCGCCCCCCGCCUCGCCUCGCCUCUCGCUCGCCCCUGCUCGGCUCGGUUGCGCCGGAGAAGAUGGCGGAUCGGGCGGAGAUGUUCUCGCUCUCCACCUUCCACUCGCUCUCGCCGCCCAGUUGCAGACCCCCCCAGGACAUCAGCCUGGAAGAAUUUGACGACGAGGACCUGUCCGAGAUCACAGACGACUGCGGCAUCGGCCUGAAUUAUGACUCGGAUCACAACGAGAAGGACUGCCUGGGGCUGGGCAGGGGGGAGCAGCCCCACCCCAUCUGCACCUUCCAGGAAGACUUCCAGGAGUUUGAGAUGAUCGAUGACAAUGAAGAGGAGGAAGAGGAAGAGGAGGAGGAGGAGGGGCUGGAAGAGGCACCCCCCUCCCCUUCGGGGUUGCUGAUACCUUCGCCCUCCCCCGAGGACACCCAGAAGAUCCGUCCCACCACCCUCAACUUGACCGUCACAAGCACCCAGGACUCCCUGAACAACAACAGCGGCGGGUGCAACAUGGCCCCCCCUCUGCAGCGGGCCACGUGGCAAGAGACUCUGCUGCACUCCUCCUCUUCCUCCUCCUCCUCUUCCUCCAUCUCCCACGCAGAGCGACCGUCUCCCUUACACGCCUGUCUCCAGGAUGGACCCUGCAGGGACGUCCAGAGCAGCAAAGGGCCGGCUCUGUCCCAGGCCCCUUGCAAGCCCCCACUUUUUGAUGCCGAAGGCAAUAGCCAGGGUCUGCAGAGAGGCCUCCCUGGGGGGGAGGAUUAUAACAUGAACGUUGUCUCCAGUGACGCCAACCCGCAACCUCCCUCUGUCUUGACCAGCGCAGCAUCUGGGAAGCCUCCUGAAGCUCGGAGCAGCCCUCCACCCCUGAGUUCGGCCUCCCAGCCCCACAGUUGCAGCCCUCACAGGUCCCCUGCCACAGAGAGCUACUGUGCCCAGUUUCAGAGGGAUGCUGUGGCAUGCCAGGAGAAAGAGGAGAGAGCCGGCUUGGCUGGGGACCCAGCAGGACACAGAUCCCCUGUGGGUGGGCUCCGUGCCCCACUCUCUCAGGAUGAGCCUGCCAAGCGCCCUGGGGACAGUACGCCCAGAGAGACCCAUUCCUUAGUAUCCCACGCAAGCCCAGUACGAGAAGUGGCUGCCCCACUGAGCUCUGAGGGAGAGGGCACUUUGGGAGGGCUGCCCUCUGCUUCCUCCGAUACCACGUCUCCCUCCUCGGACCCCGGCAUAGAGGCCGAUCUCACCAGCCGGACCUCCAAGGCCUUCCACCCAUGCAUCCAGCACAGCGGGGACCUCAGCUCCCCCAGCUCCGACUCUGAUGUGGAGGGGGAAAUCGAGGCAGCCUUUGCAUCCAGUGGGAGUCGCUUGGCCAGCAACAUGAUCUCCAGCAUCUCCGAAACAGAGCUGGACCUGAGCAGCGAGAGCAGCAGCGGCCGUUCCUCCCACCUCACCAAUUCCAUCGAGGAGGCCAGCUCUCCGGGCUCCGAGGCCGACCUGGAGGCUGACCUGGAAGCCCCGGGUGUGAUGGGCCUGAAGGGUGCCCUCCUGCUGGGUGCCAAGAAGGAAGAGGAGGGCACGCAGCUUCCUGCAGAUGAGAGCCUGGCCCCACUCAAAAUAGAGGAGCUCUACGAAGACCCCUCGGUACCCAUUGACCAGGCCGAGUUGCCUCCUUCGGGCUGUCUGGAACUGGAGAUCAACCCCGACCACAGUCUGGAGAGCCUGCGACGGUCCUUCUACCUGCCGGUGGGGCGUCAACUCCUGCGCGACGGGGCGGAAGAGGAAGGGAACAGCGAGUAUGAUUCUGAAUCGGACUCGGAGUCAGAACCGGAUCUGAGUGAGGAUUCAGACUCCCCCUGGCUGCUUAGCAACCUGGUGAACAAAAUGAUCUCGGAGGGCUCCUAUCCCAUCAAGUGUGCCGACGAAUGCUUCCCGGCAGCUCACUCCCUCUCCGAUACGAUUUCUCCGGCCUCCGACCUGGAGCCGGAGUUGCCCAGCGAGGCCCUGAAUGACGCCCAGCCCUGCUCCCAGCAGAGCAUCGAGCUGGUGGACAUGGAGACGCUGCGCUGCUCGCUGCAGGGCGCUGAAGAGGCAAAGCCGCUGGAGGCCCAGGCUGCAGUGGGAAAGGGGCCUCAGGCAGGGAACAGGGGGCCCUACUUGCUCAUGAGCAAUUCCACCAACGAUGUCAUCGCACCCGUCUUCCCAGGACGGCCCUACUCCGGCUGCUGUGUCAACCCUGUUGCCCCCAAAACCUUCCCCCCCAGGGAGCCCCCCGGCAAGGAGGAGGAGGAGGAGAAGGAGAAGGACUGUGCUAUCGAUGGGGACCUGGACUCAGGCAUCUUGGAGGACAAUGAUAUGAUUGACGACAUCCGGUUAGAGCCCAAGGAAGGCCUGGAUGUCUCCACCGCCAAGACCAAUCGCUGCUUCAGCUUGUCCUACUCCCCCGAGGAAGACGGUGUGCCCUGCUUGGGCAGCCUGAAAGGGUCUCCUUUUGCCGAGGAGCUCUCCCUCCCCCCACCCGCCAUGAUGCUAGACGACUCCCUGGCCUACGACUCGGUCAAGUACACCCUGGUCGUGGACGAGAACACCCAGCUGGAGCUGGUGAGCCUCAAGCGCUGCACUUCGGUGCUGAGCGACGACAGCGAGCUGCUCCGUGCCUGCGACGCCACCGACCCGGAGGACGCUGCGAGCGACUUUGGAGAAGGGCUGGUGGCCCCCGAUGGGCGCAGCUCUUCCUCAGAGGACUCCUCCCCGGAGGCCGACCUCCACUUCUCCAAGAAGUUCCUCAACGUCUUUGUCAACAGCACCUCCCGCUCCUCAAGCACCGAAUCCUUCGGCCUGUUUUCUUGCAUGGUGAACGGAGAGGAGCGUGAACAGACCCACCGAGCCGUCUUCAGGUUCAUCCCUCGUCACGAAGACGAGCUGGAGCUGGACGUGGACGACCCGAUCCUGGUAGAGCUGGAGGAGGACGACUACUGGUACCGGGGCUACAACAUGCGCACGGGGGAGCGUGGCAUUUUCCCGGCCUUCUAUGCGCACGAGGUGGUGAGCCAGGCCAGGGACGUGGCAGGUCUGAAGCGGAAUCCCUGCUGGGUGGAACACUUCAACGUGCAGUUUCUGGGCUCGGUGGAGGUGCCCUACCACCAGGGCAACGGCAUUUUGUGUGCAGCCAUGCAGAAGAUUGCCACCACGCGGAAGCUGACCGUCCACCUGAGGCCUCCGGCCACCUGUGACCUGGAAAUCAGUCUGCAAGGCAUCAAGCUCAUUCUGACCGUCAACGAAUACAGUCAGGAUGAAGAGUUGGAGCGCUGCAGCCAUUUCUUCCAGAUGAAGAACGUCUCCUUCUGCGGCUGCCACCCUCGCAAUAGCUGCUAUUUUGGGUUCAUCACCAAGCACCCCGUCCUGAGUCGCUUUGCCUGCCACGUCUUCGUUUCGCAGGAGUCCAUGCGGCCCGUGGCCGAGUGUGUCGGCCGCGCCUUUCAGGAAUACUACCAGGAGCAUCUUGAAUUUGCUUGCCCCACAGAAGACAUUUACCUGGAGUAGGACGUGAGCUGGAGGGUAGCCCCCCCUGGUUUCACGCCCCUCCAGAGAGACGGACCCAGAAGCCUGAGUCCCGCCAGGCAGCCGGGCCCACGACUUCCCUGCACGAGUGGGACCCAGCACUGGGGGCUUGGGGGCCCAGGUGGUCUGGUGGGCAUCUUGUCCUCUCUCCUCCCCCUCUCCCCUUUCCCCAAUUAUCCCCCGCCCCCCAGCACACUCCAGCGUGGCUAGGAGAGCAGCCAGAGGGGCUUCGCAGGGAGGAAACGGGGGGGGGCUGUAGGACUCUCUAGGACCCUGAGAAGGAAUAGCUUUCCUGCUUGUUCGUGGGGGGGGGCUUCCCAAGAACUACGGCCUUUGUAUGAGGUCCUUUGUUUGGGCUGGAAGGAAGGCUGGGAGGGAUGGGAGGGGGUAGAUGGGCCCCUCCCUCAAGGGAGGCUUGUCUGGGGAAGGGGCUCCCACCUGCCAGCCUCCCUUCAUUCCUUCUGCUCCCCACCUCCCCGCUCUGCUUGGCCUCGCUGCUCUGGCUCCCCCCUCGGUAAAUUGUUUUUUUAGGAAGAGGGGCUGUAUGUGUGCACACACCUCCCCCCAUCACUUCCCACAGGACUGCCCCCCCCCACAGUUUCCUGUUAAUUCUCACCUGCAGGGGGGGCACAGCUGAGUUAGGGGGAGUGCAAGAUAGCACCCCACAUGCUGCAUGGCAGCUGGGAGCCCAGAGGGCAAUUCUGCACACAGCUCCUUGGUGGAAGUGGGGAAAUGGGGGGUCCACCUGUUUUGGGGGGAGGGCUCCACUUCUGGGGGGGGGGAGAUGAGCAACAUCGCAGGACUAUUUCACUCAUCACCAUUUGCAGAGAACCAAGGAGCCCCACGCUAGUUUUGAUUGCCGAAUUCAGGACACUGGUAGAGGGUCAGCCUGGCUGCAGGCCCCUCGGGAGACCCCCUCCCCGGCUCUCUUCUCUGUCCCCCCCCCGUCCCUGCUGUGCCUGGUGAACGCAUCCGCUUGCCAGCCCGCCUGCCUCGGCUCAGUUGGGGCUGAGCGAUUAGUGCCCACUGCUGUCUGUUCAUGUAACGUUAUUUAUCUGUAACUUCACCCACCAGGAGCAGCGACUUAUACAAACCUGAAUAGGGACUCUCCCUACUCACUGCCUUGUCAUGAGUUGGACUUUCAAUAAAAUAUAUGCUUGGUGUCA